AUGGCGUAUGAGUCUUUAGGAAGCACGGUUAGAAAUGCGCUGCUGAAAUACUCUUUGUUUGAGCAAGUCAGCGUAUGGGAUUUCAGCCAGUGGGACGCCCUUUGGAUGACAGUUCUCUCCUCUAAAAGAAUGAUGUUUUCUUUUUUUGUCACUACAGUUGUUAUUGUGUGCUCGCUUGGGUUUAUUAUUCUCAGAAAGCGCAGUUUUACACAGAAGGACACUCUGUGCGCUUUUAUCUUUAUGGUGGUUUCGAUAUUUCUUCUGGAAACAGUCCAGAACAUGCUUAAAACCGAGAUAUCCCUCGACGCCACGUACACGGACGUAAGCAUUUCAAUCCCGUUUUCGUCCUUUCUUACGAACACCCCGCAGAACCGGCAAAAAAUAUGCUCGAAUGGCCUGGACGGAAAACUCGAGCAGAAACAGGACGAGCUCAAGUUUGGGGAAAGAGCCUCUGCCACGUACAGGAGGCUUCUUCGCAGCAACCUCAUGAUGGGCGCCCCUGCUUCCGGCGCCUCGGUAGGCCCUGUUGCACAAGUGCCUGCAUAUGCCUCGCAGAAAACCGAGUACUGCAUAUUCAAGACCAGCCAAAGGCUGAAAAACAAGGACUGCCAAGACUGCAUUUUCCUGGAGAAUACAGAGUUUGACGAGGCGAAGGCAGACCUGAUCUACAUAGACGGCGUGAUGAAAGAGUACCAGGAAAUUGAGAGAAACCUUGAACAGAGCAGGCUCCAGUACCGGCAGUACUCGUUUGACCUCAUGAAGGCGUUCAAAGACUUGAACAGGGAGUCCUACUACGCAAGGGGCGAGCUAAGCACGGUGGGAGUUGACUUUGGCGCGAUGGAGUCAGCCAUAAUUGCGCUCGUGAGUAAGUACGACCGCAUGUUUGCGGGGGUUUCCGCGAAGUACAGCAGGCUGAAGGUCGGGUCUAACUCCGUGUGUGUAAGCAUAGGGAGUGCCGCCCUGCCUGUGAGCGAGCCCCGGAAAAACCUCUGGGUAAAGAGGCAGACAAAAACCCUCAGUAUUGUGAAAAAGAGGGACGCCCACCCGGGAACUUCUUUGAUUGUCUCCUCUCGGGCAGUCGCCCAGCCUAGUGUAGACGCCUCAAUAGCAGACACCCUCCACGACAUGAUCAUAAGCAAUGGGGGAAUGUCUGCCGUGUACGGGCCGGCGGGCACUGCAAGCUCCAGCGCAAGCAAAGACCCGUUUUUCGCAGACAUGCGGUUCUCUCUGUGGUUAACGCAAAUUCUGAUUUUUUUCCAGGUUCUGCUUGUUUUGGGCGUUAUCAUCUCGAUAGUCUUUGACAAGAACUGGCUGUACUGCAUACUUUACUGCUGCAUGUGCGGGUCCCUCAUCGCAAGCCUGGCCCUGGGAUUUGUGGCCUUUGUCAACUCGGCUGCGCUUUCGUCGCUGUGCAAAAGCGGGCUGCAGUGCGACUCGCAGAUUGCUGCAGAACAGCUU